GCUAUUUUUCCGCCCUUGGAAAGGCUGUUUGAGAAACUUUGUCGGGCUUUCGUGUCGUCGAAGAACAGUCCUACCCGUGGGGUGUUGUUUGUAGCAACGUCGAAGCGAGCUAGUUUGUUGCGGUAGUCGAGAAGUGGCGAGAAUGAAGUUAGGCAAGGGCCUGGGCUAAUCCGGCUGUCUUAGCCGGAUGUUUUGGUGAGAAAAUGGUUGAUUGGGGUCUUCAACUUCCCUUUCAGAUGGGCCUUGAGGCCUACUUGACCUCGCAAGUCAUUGAGGCACUGGACAGAGGCGACCCUGCCGAAGUUGCCGAUGUCCUUAGCGUCGCUUUUAUCAACAGGAACGUCAAUUACGUCGUCCACGCCCUCCGACAGCUCGCCAAGCACUGGUACAACAUGCUGUCUCAAGAGUGGGGUAAUUUUGCCCACCAGCGCAUGGAACAGUUGGAUCCCUUCGAAACACUACGCUUUCACAUGCCCCGGGUCCUCCUUUUGCUGUCGAGUUUACGGGGACGCAACGCGUGGGAUGCUCAGGUAUUAGGCCCAAUCAUGCGUAGAUUGCAGGCUUUGAAGCCCGCUGUGGAUAAAUGUCGACUCAUCUCAUGCCUCGGGCCUAAAUUCCGGUGGCGGAAAACUUACUAUACAUACAACCAAUCCGCCGCUCGGUACACGCCGUUCCUUUGCGAGGAGAAGACUUCGGAGUUGAUCAACUUUGGUAAGACCAAGGUUGUGCGAGUACCGCCGCAAUCCGUUCUUGUCGUCGGAGGAGGCCCAACUGGACUUAUCACGACAAUUCCCUGUACGGAAGCGUGUUUAGCUACUGGGGGCACCAUGAAACUCCAGGAGGCUCGCGAUGCUUUUGCGAAAGGAGUAUCAACCUUUGAAAGAGCCCAGAUUGUUCGACUUGAUGCUCGCUGGAUAGCCAUGCUAAGGUACCAUCUUGGAAACAUUUUUGAGGACGUCUACAUUCCUGCUUCCGGGGAAACCGAUGCUCAGUGGGGAAAUACACUGUUUCAGUGCCUGGGAAAAAGACGCACGGGAGACUUUCUUCAGCAGACUGUACCAAUGGCGUCUAUUCAAGAUGCUAACUUCACUCUGGAUCUCGGACAUACUGACGUUGUCGAAGCCAUCGGGUAA